GAAUUGACAUCAACGAUACCUGAAAAUUCUGAAAAAGCAAUAGAAGUCAACGAAAACACCAAUAAUUUUUUGUAUCAUUAUAGCAAAAUUACGCAGACUGAAUCUAAAAGUGAGAUAGCAAAUAGGGAAAAUCUGAAACAUGGAGAUCGAGCUUGCUUGGCUCUUGUUAAUGACGAAAUUUGGAAACAACUCCCUGAUAAUAUCACCAACGAUGCAUUGAAAAAAAGAAAGGAGCGAGCAGGAAAAAUAUAUAAUUUAUUUGUUAGUAUUGGUAAAGAGAAAAUAAGAGGCAUUAGAUCAUUUUCGGCAUCAAACAUUUCAAACUUAAGUCAAGAAAAUAUUGAUUAUGUGAUAGUCGAAGUUUUAAAAAAGGAAAAUAGAAUAUGA